AUGAAGGCUUGCAAGCAGAUCGCAUCCAUGGGAGCCGCCAUCACGGACGAGGCCGACAGCAAGGCGGCAGCGAAGAGCGAUGCAAUCCAAUCGAGGAAGGGGAAGAAGGCCAAGGGAAAGUUGGCGGUGAGGAGCAAUGGAGCGGAGAAGCCCAAGACCCAUGACCUUUCUGAUGUUACACGCGGGUUGGCGGUGAUGAGCAUUGUAGAGGAAAUGUCAGAGGAUGAAUUGCUCGCCUUGUACUGCUACCGGGAUAUCUUUUGGAUGAACAACUUCCCUGGCGUCUAUGACAAGCCGUCCGUACAUGCUAUUCGAAAGAAAGCCACUGAAAACUGGAAAUUCUUUAGCGAUUCGGAGAAGGCCCCUUAUCUAGCCAAGGCACGUGUGACCAAAAUACUCCUAGCUGAGCAUAAUGAGUUCAAGAAGACACUCCAGUUGACGUACGCGAUGACGAACAAGAUGGUGAAUCUGAAUGUGUGAACACACCAGAUCUCUAACAUGUGUUUGAAUAG